CCUUUACACUCUCCUCUCCCUCGUCUCCCGCUCGCAGUCGGUCGAGCCGAGCGUGCGGGAGGCGGCGGGCAGCUGCCGAGGAGCGAGCUCCUCUCCAGCAGAUCGAGCCUCCCUCCGGUACGAUGGAAACUAAACGGCGGCCGAGCAGAAGGGAUGGAGCUGCCGGGGCACCCAGGUGGGCGGGGGUCAUGAGGGCGCCAGAGGCCCCGCUCGCUGUGCAGAGCAGCUGAAGCAGACAUGGGCAAAAACGUCUCGGGUGGCACCGGCAGGCUCCGCCUCAUCCACGUCAAUCGCAGCGACCACCACCGGCUCCCAAAUAAGUUCUCUGUGUUUGCCAGCAUCUCCCUUCUGACUUUGCGAUGAGAAUGUCCGAUAUCGCGGACACUGCAACAAUGAAGGUUUCUGAGGCCGCCGACACGGUGUCAUCUGCGAAAGACAACGCUACCAAGUCUGAGGCCUGUGACCAGAGCCAGAGCAGCAGAGAGGAGCACGGCAGUAGCAACAUGAAGGAYAUACAGCCUAUGAAGUACUCCAAGUCCAACACCAGGCUAAAGCUUGUACGGAGCCUGGCGGUGUGUGAAGAAUCGUUUCCUUGUGCUGUUCCCGAGCCUUCAGCAGCACCUCAGGAUGGCUUCCUCCCACCAUCUUUUGAAAAUGAAGAACGCGGCGCAAAGGACCAAGCUGAGAAGGAAGGCGGCUGCGACAAGGUGGAGAAACCGGAGAAGGCACCAAGAAAAAUGCUGUCAAGAGAUUCCAGUCAGGACUACACCGACUCGACGGGCAUAGACCUCCACGAGUUCCUGGUCAACACACUAAAGGGCAAUCCCAGGGAUCGAAUCAUGCUGCUGAAGUUGGAACAGGACAUCUUGGAUUUCAUCAGUAAUAAUGAGAGCCAAAAGAGGAAGUUCCCCCCCAUGACAUCCUACCACAGAAUGCUGCUGCACCGAGUCGCAGCCUACUUUGGUAUGGACCACAACGUAGACCCCAGUGGGAAGUCUGUGGUGAUCAACAAAACCAUCAACACUAGAAUUGCACCAAGCCAUGAUGCCAAACCCAGCAUCCAGCUACCAGACCGUAUUGGGCGUGCAGCCAACACCCAACCUCGUUCUCACUGGCAACCAGCAAAGCAAUAUGGCCAACCAGAUGCAAGGCAUGAUGGUCCAGUACCCUCCAAUGGCGUCUUAUCAGCAGGUUUCUGUCCCUCAGCAGACAUACCAGCAGCCGGUGUUCAUGUCCUGCCAGCCAGGACAGGGUCCAGUGGCUGUUUCUGGCAUGCAGCCGUGCUACGGCCUGCUGCCCCCCACCCAGCACACCACCAUGAGCUCGACCGUCAGCUUCCUGCCCGCUCCGAUGAUGGAGCCGCUCCAGUUUCCUCCGACCUCCCAGCAGCACCAACAGUACGCAGGGCUGUURCCACCGGGGCCCAGCGGCGGUGGCGUGGUGAUGCUGCAGAUGGCGGCGCCCCCCUGCCAGCAGCCCCGGGCCCCCUCCCCCUGCCAGAGGAAACAGACGAGCCACAAACACACUGAGCACCAGCGCAGCCGCAGGCCUGCCGAGCUCCUCCCCCCAACUCCGGACAACAGCCAGAGCAGCCGGUCGUCGCCGGCACUCACUCCCUCGCCCUGCCAGCCGCCCGCCGUCAUCAAGGGCCUCCCACCAGGCGUCUCGCCCAUCCCUGUCCUGCAGUACCGCCCGCCGCUCCCUACAGCCUUCUGCCACAGUGGACAAGGUGAAGCUCACUACUCUCUCCUGGGCCAGCCUCUGCCGUACAAACCCUCCAUYGGACCGCCGCUGAUCCACGCCGCGCACAUGAAACACCAGGGUCCUCUGGGAGUUUGGCGCCACGGCAGGAAGGCCAACAGGAAACCGCUGUCGUCAGAUCUGAGUGUAGGUGAAGCAGUGAGACAAACGUGGUCCGGAGGGGAUCAGGGCAGGGAGAACUGAUCCAACUCGACUGGAGGUGCUCCUCUGGGAGUUUGGGGGGGGGCAGGGGUACACCUGGCCUCAUCACAGUCCGUCUUGGCCAGGCGAACCCGGAGGAGCUGUGCGACUCGGGACUCAUCCGUCCUUUGCUGGACCGCAUCCAAACCCUGAAAAGUGACUUUAAGUUAGUUUUACUUUUAGUUUUUUUCUGUUGGCAGAUCUUCAGGUCUGUGCUGAACUCCUGCUCAGUUCUACAACCAUUUUUUUGUUGUUGUUGUUWUUGGGAAGCUUUGAGCAGGCGUCGGACCCGCAAGGUUUUUUUUUUUUUUUUAUAAAUAAAACCUGCCUUUAAGUUGAGCGUUGUUUCAUUUGGGCUCACCAAACCGGGUAGCAUUUAUCUCCACAGCUCUGCAGCUGCGUGCGUUCAGUCUGAGCCUGUACAGUUCCAAACACUGAAUAAUGGAUCUACUACCUGAAUUAUUUAAACACAGUGAAUGUUGCGUUUGCACUGAAAUGUUGGAGGAGACGGAGGUUYGACGGGUUUCUGAUCCUCUCAGAUUCAGCCUUCAGACCUACAUGUUUGUUGCACUCGGCCCGGCCGCUUUCUUUUAUAUCAGAAAUUAAAAAUGUUUAUAUGCACAAGACAAAUGCACACGAGUUCCUCACUGUGUUCAGACUCCUGUUUUCAUCUUUUCAUUUCUUUUUGGGGGUUUGAUAUUAAUAAAUGUUUGCACCACA